CAUUUUAGGGACAUGUCCCAGGGCUCGGAAGCUUUCCACCAAUUGGAUAAUGCUUUUCUAUGCUUUCUAAAGUACGAAGCUAUGCUAUUGGUUGAAACAGAAACGUAUUGUAAAGUUCAGCCAAUGAAAUUCAUUCUUGCGAGGAGCUGCAACACUACCCUCAUUUUACGACAGACCGAAAAACAAGCAGAAAUCAGUAUUGCAACAAAUCAAUAAUGAAUAUUCUCGACGCGGGCGAAGGCUAUGCCAAAAGACACCACGUUUAUAGAGUAAGUUCUAACCAAGAUGAAGAAGUGCUGAAGAUGUUACAAACUCGUUUGAUUCCGAUUCAAAUCGAGAAAUUGAUGAAUUCAAGCGUUGAGAAGCAAUGCGAGUUGAAGAUUCUUAGUGUUGGCAGCGGAAUAGGUGCUGUGGAUUUGAAAUUUGUGGAAAUUCUACUCGAGGAAUUGAAGAAACACAGCUCUGAUGAUCAAAACACGACGAUAUAUCUGCGAGUGGUUGAACCGAAUUCAUCUUCGUGCAAACAAUUCAGCGACGCCGUAAAAGCUCGUGGAGAUUUGCCAAUCCACCUCGAUAUUCGUCAGCAAAAGUUUCAAGAAUACAUUCAAAAUGAGCAAAACGCAAGCACAGCAUUUGACAUAAUACAUUUUAUUCACAGCAUUUACUUUGUUGUUGAGGAAAAAGCGAUUUCUUACUGUUUGGAAAAGCAAUUGAAAGAUCAGGGUUGUCUCUUUUUCGUGUUUUCUGAUGAGGUUAUAAUAAGGCAAGUGGCACUUAAAACAGCGCCAGAGCGGAGACGACCUAAUGACAAGUUGGCAAACAUCGCCGGAAAAAUUGGCCCCAAAUUGAUUGAAAUUGUUGAGAAAAGUGGCAGGAAGUAUGAAGUAUAUUCAAAUCAAUAUCCAGUUGAUGUGUCAGAAAUCUUCGUCGGAUCAGAGAAUGGUGACCUGCUUCUUGACUUCAUAACUCAAAAAGUCGACUUUCGCAAGAAUGCUGAUGCAAGUUUGGUUGAUAGAGUUCUGGCAGUGAUAAAAAACGAAAGCUUCACAAAAGAUGGAAAACACCUUUGCAUGAAAACUGAAACGCUGUUGGUCGUGAACAAAUAGAAUAUCGGAAUGAUGAUUUCCAAUAGAAACAAAAUAUGACGAAUCGAUUGCACGUUAUUAUCUUGUUUUAACCUAUAUUUUGAAAUUUAACUGAGAUGUUAACGUUUAGAUUAUAUUCUUCACGUUGUAUGUUUGCACGGUGAAGAAUCAGAGGUAUGGGAGCCCACGGGCUGCUGCCAUUGAC